AAAGGAGAAAGACUUGUCUCUUGAAACCCAAAGUUAACCGAAGGAUUUGCUCAUCCUUUCCUUUGCUUCCUUCUCUUGUGCUAGGCUGGUGUGCUGUUUUUUCACAAACAUCAAGAUGAGAGAAGCUCACUUCAAAGACUUUUUCUGGAAUUCAGAUAUAACAAGUACAGCUGGUUACGAUAAUAUUCUCCAAAGACUCAAUGAUGGAAGAAAGACCUGCAAAGAGAUAGAAGAUUUUAUGAAGGCGAGGGCAUCUAUUGAGGAAAAAUAUGGAAAGGACCUAUUAAAUUUGUCAAAGAAAUCUUUUGGACAAGCAGAAUUAAACACAACUAAGAAAGCACUAGAAGUCUUCAAGCAGAAGGUGGAGAAUGUGGGACAAGCUCAUUUGCAGCUGGCUCAGAGUAUAAAAGAUGAAGCAAAAAGACUUGAGGAUUUCAGAGAAAAGCAAAAAGAGAGUCGGAAAAAGAUUGAGCAUACAAUGGAACAACUACACAAAUUGAAAACAUCCCAGUACAAGAAAACAAUGGAUUCAAAGAAAACAUAUGAACAGAAGUGCAGAGAUAAGGAUGAAGCAGAACAGGCACUUAACCGAAACGCAAACACUGGGAAUCUGAAACAACAAGAGAAGCUUACUGCAAAGUCAUCACAGGCAAAGUCAUUAGCAGAGGAAGCAGACAGAAAUUAUCAGCAAAACGUUUCAUUGCUAGAGAAGAUUAGAGAAAACUGGCUGAUGGAGCACACCAAAGCCUGCGAGUUCUUUGAGAUACAGGAAUGUGAAAGGGUACAGUAUACUCGUAACACCUUAUGGACUCACGUCAAUUUGCUUUCUCAACAGUGUGUUACUAGUGAUGAGAUGUAUGAAGAAGUUCGAAAAUCCUUAGAGGGAUGUAGCAUUUCUAAGGAUAUAGAAUAUUUUAUAGACCUCAGGAAGACAGGAGAUACACCUCCAGCUCAAGUUCCAUAUGAAAAUUUUUACAGCCUCCAAAGAAAUCCUGGAUCAGGGAGAUCACAAGUUUCAGGUGGAAUAAGGCGAGAAGCACCUCUACCUCCUGCAACACAAAAUGAUGCUGCUUACUCAAUGCUUGAUGGUAAUUACAGCUUGGCACAGUACUAGUGGUCUUGGCUAGAAAACAGAAUGUGCACUUUUCUAAUGAAAAUAAAACAUCAAUUACACUAUUAAAGCUAUCACAAAUGAACUAUGAGAUCUUAAUUUCUAUGGUUUAAAACUUUUAAUUGUGCUACUGAUGAAGACAGAACCAUUUAUGGAGCUGAAGUAGAAAAAGAAGCGAAAAUAUUUGCCAUCACCAGCAACUUUGCAAAGAAACCUGUUAAAUAUUUCUUGAAGUGUUUCUAAUUUCAUUUGGUUGAGUUUGUAACAUAGUUAAACUCUUGCGUCAAGAACAGGGGAUAAAGAUAAAAAUAAGCAGGGACAGCUAUGCAAAAUCAGGAACACUUUUCCAAAUGUUUGUAUUAUACACAUAGAAUUCAUUGAGUAAAAUUGUUUAUAUUAACUUGCUUUUUUGCUGAAGGGUAUUAAAACUCUAACUGUAAUAUCUAUAAUUAUUUUAUAAUUGUAAUAAAAAAACUCAAAAACUCCAA